UUUAGCCUUUAGGGUUUUAAUGCUUGCACCCAUGCAAAAGCUUUGGCAGCAUUUGUAAACAUAAAAAGAUCGUUGUCUAGUGUUGCCUUGAUGUUCAAAAGACCGGCUAAUCAAUUGAUUAUCAGCAGUAGCUUCAGUCCUGUUUCAAGUGCUGUUGAUGGGACUGAUCUUUUGUUUACAUUGGGGGUCACGUGUUGCAUCCUACAGCUGAGCAGCAGGUUACAUUAAAUAACUGCUGAACAAAUGUAACCGAAUGUAUACUUAAAACCUGGGUCUGCAUUCCUGUAGGGCUUUGCUGAAUGUCCUUCCUAAAUGUCCAGCCUGUUCACGAGCCACAUGUUUUUGUCUGUGUGUUAUUCUCAGGGUGCAGGACUGGAUUAAUACCCACAGAAGAGCUUUAUGAUGAUGUGAGGUCAUGCAUGCAGCCAGGUGUCUAGUCUACGCUUUGUUCAUCAUCAGCCCUUUGAGACAAUGUGCUACCAGUAGGUGGAGGCUCUUCCUCCCUGUAGCCUCCCUUUCUCCUCACUGCCCUCAUCAGUCCCAGAGUUUCCUAUGUUAACCCUCUUAAGCAUGUUUUACUAUAUAUGUCUGCGGCGCCGCUCCAGGAGUGGGACUAGAGGCGAGGCUCUGACCAGUCGGCGAGCUGUGGAAUCCGGUCAGCGGGCGGUGUUGCCAGUCAGUGUGGAGGUGGCACAGUACGCCAAGGAGGUUCUGGAUUUCAGCUCCCACUAUGGCAGUGAGAAUAGCAUGUCUUACACCAUGUGGAACCUGGCUGGGGUACCCAACGUCUACCCCAGCUCAGGGGACUUCACCCAGACGGCUGUAUUCAGAGCUUAUGGAGCAUGGUGGGAACAGUGUCCCAGCGCGCCAAGACCUUUUCGCCGCACACCUAAAGGCUUCCACAGCCAGGAUUAUAUUGAGCUGGGCUUUGAGGAGCCUGUCUACCCUACAGCAGUGGAAGUGUUUGAGACCUAUUAUCCUGGAGCCAUCGUCCAGAUCCUGGCCUGCUCUCACAACCCCUUCUCCCAGAAUCCACCCACUGACGUCAGGUGGGAGGUGCUGUGGUCAGGGGAGCCCACCAAGGUGCUGACACCCCAAGCACGCCAGUUUUCGCCUAAGAUCAAGCAUAUCAGCUUCCCCACCAACCUGCUGCGCCUGGAGGUCAACAGCUCUCUGCUCUACUACUACACCGAGCUGGAUGCCGUUAUUCUGCGCGGGGUGAAAGAGAGGCCCAUGCUUGCGCUCUACAAAAUGCCCGUCAUAGAUAUUAGUGACCUGAGUGACAGCGAGGAGGAACUGUCGGACGUGGGAGGUCCCUUCAGGCAAGGAGGAGACGGCAAGCAGCAGAGGACUGGCAAUGGCUACUUUGACAAACUGCCAUAUGAGCUCAUCCAGCUGAUACUGAGCCACCUGACCCUGCCAGACCUCUGCCGUCUGGCCCAGAGCUGUAAGCUGCUGCACCAGCACUGCUGCGACCCGCUGCAGUACACCCAGCUGAGUCUGCAGCCCUACUGGGCCCGACUGAGUGACGCCUCCUUGGGACACCUGCAGAGCCGCUGCACCCUCCUCCAGAGGCUCAACCUGUCCUGGACCGGCAACCGUGGAGCUCUCACUCUGACGGGUUUCAGCAGUUUCAUGAAAGCCUGUGGUCUCAGCCUAGUCUGCCUUGAGAUGUCCUGCUGUCAUUUCCUGAAUGAGGCCUGUCUCGAGAUAAUCUCCCAGACAUGUCCCGGUCUGCAGGAGCUCAAUCUGUCCUCCUGCGAUCGCCUCCACCCCCAGGCCUUUACACACAUCUCCAAACUUACACACCUUCGCAGGCUGGUCCUCUACCGCACCAAGAUUGAGCAAACGGCCAUCUUGAGCAUCCUGACAUUCUGCCCGGAGCUGAGACACCUCAACCUCGGGAGCUGCGUGAGGAUUGAGGACUACGAUGUUGUGGUCAGUAUGCUGGCCACUCGCUGUCGCUCGCUGUGCUCUCUGGACCUGUGGCGCUGCAGAAACCUGACAGACCGAGGCCUGGCCGAGCUUGUUACUGGCUGCAGGAUGUUGGAAGAGCUGGAUCUGGGCUGGUGUCCUACACUGCAGAGCAGGACCGGAUGUUUCCAGCACCUCGCCCGCAGCCUGCCGCGACUGCGCAAACUCUUCCUCACUGCCAACCGCACCAUCCGUGACUCCGACAUAGAGGAGCUGGCCGCCAGCUGCCCCUCUCUGCAGCAUCUCGACAUACUCGGUACACGGUUGGUUAGUGCUGCAUCCCUGAAGAAACUCCUCCAGUCGUGUCCUCGGCUUCUCCUCCUGGACGUCUCCUUCUGCUCGCAGAUAGACAUGCGCGUCGUCCAAGAGCUUUCUGGCCUCUUCCCCAACGUGGCCAUCAAGAAAAGCUUUACUCAGUGACUCCAGUGUUUUCUCAUUUCCCACUGCCGAGAAGUAACAAGUGGAAGGAGGUGCUCUUCAGCAGAUACUGCCCCAGAGUGAUUCAGAGGCAGGUCAGAUGCUGGAGGAGAUCGCAGAGGGUCAGUAAAUAAAGCGCUGGGGCUGCGUGAGGAGGUUCUUUGGAUUUACUGACUGAACACAGACAACUGCAGAAUCCCAGUCACGGGAUCGUAGAACGAGACUUUUUUGUUGUUAUUCCACGGACGCUCUAAAUCUGGGUCUGUUUCAGCAAAAGCUGCUACAGCUUCGCAAAAUAUGAAUCACCACUAACGGUAUAUGUAUUGCCAAGCACCACUCAGCUAGGAAAUAUUGGUGAGAGAUGCGCAAAACAAAACAGCAUUUGUCAGGAAUCCUCACCUGAACAUCUUGUUAGUACAACGAAAAGAGACACAGAAAUCCUGAGACAUAUAUGGAAUCUAUUGGAGGAGCUGUUAGCUCAGGAUCAGGGCCUUGCCUGUGCCUUGUCAGAAUUUGGAGCAUUGAUGCGCUGGUUUAAUGUACGAGUGUCAUUCUGAAGGCGUCUUUCAGAAUCCAGGCAGUUUGAUUUAAAUAAUACUUGAUGCUUGUUGUGUUCAAAGGUAUCAGAAGCUUCGAAGGUGAAAACGAGGGAGCGAAUGCAGCCUUAUUGCGCGCCGAGCGUUGCAAAUCGUACAGUAAACUCAACUCAGUAUAAGUCAUACUUUAAUGCAAGUAUCACGGGUUAGUUGCUGCAAAACUGAAGCACCAGAGAAGAAAAAACAAAACAAAAAACACACACACACACACACACACAAACACACACACACACUAUCAGCUGUUCUUGCACCAGAGAUUCACUGACGACAUGUUUUCAUCCAAAAACAUCUGUGAAGACUUGUGAAAAACAAGUAAAAGGCAUUUGUUUUAAUUCACACGUGCUCUGUUGGCGAAUUCGUGGAGAAAACACCCAAGGACAACAAAUAAAAACACACAUUUGAAAUAAGUAUGCAGAAAAAUAAAACAGUGCAACAGCCUAAACCCAAAGAAACGCAAUUCGAAAUAUUAUAAAGCCGUCGAUUGACUAAUCAUUCCUGCUCUCUCUUUGUCGCACCGAUGCAUUUGAUAAAGCAAACCCAUAUCAAAAUUUGCAGCGGCAUUAAAUGGAAUCGUUUCCGACUGCAGCGGCUCUUCUGCUAUGACUCGUUCACCAUCUCACAGGCAAUUCAGAUGGAUAUUAUUAUGAUACAAUAGAUGUUAUAGCGCUUAAUUAUCCAAGCUUAAACAUUCACAUACAUCCUGUUGUAAUUCCGGUUAAGCUGUCAGUCCCUACUCUUGACCUACAGCCGAUUAUUUGAUUUACCGAAGACAAGUUUCACCUUUGACCAGUAUAUCAGCCGGAGAUGGUAUGUUAAAAUACCAUGGUAUAAGUACUAACUGUGACCUCAGUACUUGUUCUCAGACUCAGGGGUUAUAUAUCUCAUUCUCACUAUACAGUAUCUCUUCUGUUCUUCUUUUUUUUUUAAAUAGAUAUUUUACUCUGGAAACCAGCACAACUGAUGACAAUGACACCAGACUGCAUCGAGGUCCUGAGUGUAAAACAAACUCGUAGGCUACGACCACAGAUGGUCAGUGAGCGCUGGUAAAACUGAGACAAACAGUUGCGUUAAUCGGGUGUUGAAUGUUUCAGUGAUUGUACGAUUGUGGAAAAAAGAUGUUGCUGAUUAUUUAAUUUUUGUAAUGUGUAAAUCGCAGUUUCCGUGCGGCAGAAGAGCUUGAAAAGCGUUCGUUUUUGGAGGAAAAAAAACAAGAAACUUGAAGUUUUCUUUGAAGCACACGCUUCUAGUCAAUAUUUGUGCCUUAUACUCCCGUUUGAAUGUUGUGUGACGUGGUUUAGAUUGUAGUGAGGUGCUUUGUUUUUAUGCCCCUCAACCAAAGUAAUCCACACUAAUCUGGUCAUCAGUGUCGCAAGUAUAUUUGACCAGUUUAUGCCAUAUACAGUACAUCAGCCAUCAUAAUUAAUAUGCAAAAUAAUAUUUAUAUUUUCCUUUGUGAUGGAAAUGUUAUUUAUACUCCACAUCUCUACACGCAGAAACAUUAAUAUACAAUUUGGGAUAUAUUUUUGGUUUGUUUUUGUUUUAUAUUUAGCCUAGCUUAGCAUAAUUAAUGGAAGCUGUGUUUAUUACAAAGGCUGGAGGUACAUCUUUAGCAUAGCUAGCAUAACGAAUGGAAGCAUGUCUUCAGCCUGCUUAGCACGAUGAAGGGAAGCUUUCUUCACUACAUAUGUAAGCUUAUGUCAUUUGCGGUAUUUUAUUUAUUGGAAUAAAAUGUAAAAAACAA